AAACGAAUAUCUCUUUCUGAUUGGCAAUAAAAGCUCCAGCAAACUACCUUAGUUUUGAAAGGUAACAAAAUGGAGUCUUGUAGCAGACCUAAUAGGAGCGAUGUGCACUUAUCACUGGAAGAGGAAGCUAAAAUGGAGGAGCAGACCAGGGAAUACUUCCAUGACAAAGCACCUAAACGUCACACUAAGCCUCAACGAAGUGAGUAUUCUUCUAACUACGUCGACGCCACUCUCGCUGCCGCCGGCGAUAUCCCCGAAUACCUCGAGUUUCAGCGUUUGGAGAAUGAGCCCAGGUCAGUUUCCCCCCUUUACUAGAAAGAAAGUUAUAAGCUGCUUUAAUUAUCCCCAGAAAAUAGUGUACAAUGGAAAUGAAGUGGGAGACGAAUUCGUGAAGACCGAAUAUUAUAAGGAUCUCAAUUGUGUUGACAAACAACACCACACGACAGGAACAGGUUUCAUCAGAGUAGCUGACACAAAUGGCAGAAACUUUAGUCUAGAACCAGAUUCAGUUACCAGUUGCCACUCCUCUUGUAAGGGAAACCCAGCAACCAACGACUGGAUACCAGCUGCUCCAGAUGCGGUAAAUACCAAAAUAAACAUCAUUUAUUUCAUUCUAUGCAACAUGAUUUGUCUCAACUUUUGUUUACAUUUUCCAGAUUUAUUCGGCUUCAGGUAAGCCUAACAGGAGUGA